AAGGAAAUUUUCAUAUUUUGCACUUUAUUGAUAUCAAAUAGGGUAAUUUUUGAACAAAAUAAAAAAAAGAAUGGUGUUUUCGGUAACGGAUUAAAAAAAUUAAAUAUUUCAUUUGAAAAUAUUAGAAUUAACCUGUAUUCCACUUGAAGGGUAAUGUCAUAAUAUAAAUACAAAAGUAAUAAUAUAAAACUGAUAUUAAUCAAAUAAAAAAGGAUUAACAAAUCAAGCAAAUAUGAGUACUUAUGAAAUAAGUAAAUCAUCUCUCUUGAGUUUGAAAGCGGAAAUCCUUAGAAAGCAAGAAGAAUUAAAAAACAAGGUAUAUAAGAAAGAAAAAACAAAAGCACCUUUAACAAAAAAUAAGGGUGUAGAUGAAAGAAAUGAAAGAGAUUCUGCGGAGGAUUUGGAAUUGUUAGAAAAAUCUAGAAAAGCAUUAGAACAAAAAGCUAAGCUUUAUGAUAAAUUAUCAAAAUCGAAUGUAGUUGAUGAUGAUCCUGCUAGUUUCCAAAAUAGAUUUCUUGUUCGUUUCAAAGAUAAAAAUGAAAAAGAAGAUCUUAUACAGGAUGAUAGUGAGGAUGAUUUGCCUGAGAAAUAUGAUGAUCCACAAAAUUCUGAUGAUGAAUGGGUUGAAUACAUCGAUUCUCUUGGAAGAACUAGGACAUGCCUGAAAAAAGAUUUGAAUUAUUUCAAAUCAAAAGAUAAAGAAUAUAAACGAGAAGAAUCACCAGAUGCAGAAAAUGAAAAAAGUAAAAAUAAUGAAAAAGGAGAAGAUAUAAGUGAUGAUAUCCCAGAGGAUCCACAAUUACUUUCUGAUGAUAUGAGAAGAGAAAUGCUGAGAGAACAAUGGGAAAAAGAGGAAAUGGAAUUAAGAGAUAAACAUAACGUACAUUAUCAAGACGUAUUAUUCAAUGAGGCUAGAAGCCAUGGUGUUGGUUAUUACAGUUUUUCUAAGGAUGAAGAAGAGAGGAGAAAACAGCAGGAAUCUUUAGAAAAACUUAGGGAAGAAACACGACAAAAGCAACAAAAAUCACAAGAACUGAAGGCUACAAGAGAAAAACAAUUGGCCGCACGAAUAAAAGCUGCUAAAAUGAGAAAACGUGCAAGGUUGGGAUUACCACUUGAGGACGAUGAAGAAGAUGAAGCUGAAAUAGGUCCACCUGUUCCUCAGUCGAUAGAAGAGCCAAGAACCAAUGAAGAAGACGCUUUUAAAGAAAAGUUAUUAGAAGAAGCUAGAAGGAAUCAUGUUAGACCGUGGGACAUUGGCAAAAAAUCAACUAAAGAAUUUUACGAGUACAGUCAGAAUGAAUGGGUAGAGAAGAAGCGUAAGGAGAGAGAUAAUGAGUUUGCACCCCCAACCACAUUCAGGAGAGACUUCAGAGCAGCACCAGCUGAAAUUGAGGCUUCUGAAGUACAGUCAAGUCUCAAGUUCACAACUAUAAAAUCCACCAAAACUAGCAGAAGUACAGGAUAUCUCAAUCCUUAUAAAAAUAGCAACGAUGAGCUUCAAGAUCCUUACAACGAAGAAACCAAAACAUUUUCACCAUACAAGUUACCUGACAAUAUUGCUAAAAAGAGGAAAUACAACACGGAAGAAACAAAUAAACCUGCAGCUCAAGGACAGCAGUAUGAGAGUACAAAUGAAGCUCUCGGUAGUAAUCCGCAAUUUUCUAAUACUACAUCAAAUAAUUAUCAGAAUAUUGAGGCUUCAAUCGAGGCAGGUUUAGAAUAUUUGUGGAAACAGACAGAGAAGCGUAAGAAUAUUCGUGAUAAAGGAAAUGAUGAUAUGUUCAGUUCUUGAGAAAGUGAUAACUGGCUUGGGUCCAAAAAUUGUAUGGAAUAUUCUCUUGAGUGACUAAAGAAAAUUUUUGAAAUAUCUGUCGGAUUGGCAAAGAAAAUUUGAGAUGAAUAAAUACUUUGACUUGGAUUGUUUCACUCAACAGCAGGAGAAAAUGAAAAAAAACUAUGGAUUCAGUUUAAUGUUAUUAUUGGCACUAAAUUUCACAAAUUAUAUCUCGUGACAAUAGAGAAAUUGAAAAUAAAUUAUAAAAAAGAAUACAAAUCAUUAAUGAAUCUAUACAACCAAAAAAUAUCUAUGUAUCAAACCAAUACAUCGGAAAAUAAAUACUCUAUUGAUGAAAAUUCCUUUUUUUUUUUUCAUAAAUAUAAUUUCAUCAUAUCACAAAUUCUCUCCACCCAGAGACUAAACAGCAGUGAUUCUACACCCUCCAUAAAAUUUUUUUCACUAGAAUAUUUUCUUUCCAUGUCGAACAUUCCUCAAAAAUUGAGCAACAACAGUUUGGUCACAAGUUUCAUGAAAUUUUAUGGAUAAAUAUCAGAUUACAUUGUUCGAUAUAAAUAUAAAA